AUGAAUAAUGUUUUAAAACAUAGGUUAUUCACAUCACCAGAUUAUAGUUAUUAAAAAAACGAAGAGGAGGAUGAACUCAUUAACCCUAUGCUUGACUCAUUUUUUUCAUAAAAAUCUUAAAAUACCUUGAAAUCAAUUUCUAGUCCACCAAAAAAUAUUAAAUUAAUUCUCAGAAGUGAUAAGAAAACCUAAUAUAUUAAACCAUAACAAUAUUAUGUACAAAGAGACUGUUUAGAUAUCAAAUCAAACUAAGAAAAAAAAUAUUAGCAGUUAGACUGCCUUAUUCCCUAGAUUAAAUUAGUAUAAAGAAAUGAGAAACAACGUCGAAUUGAAUGCUUCAAUGGCGAAGAGGUAACAAUAGAUCAAAAGGUUUACUUCAAUAAAUGCCAUGAAAUUAGGAAUAUUUACUACAUGACAUCAAUUGGGUAUAAGUUGGGCAUUGAAGAAGUAGAAGUUGAAAAAGAACCUUAAAUAUAAAAUAGUGUAUCUAUCUCUGAGAAGAUGAUAAAAUCAAUUAGAGCCAAAAAAUAGUUCUAAAAAGCUAAGAAUAAGAUAACUCACAUUAAAUUAGUAUCAGAGAUUUCAAAGAGCCUUUCAGAUGAAACAAAAAGAUAAAAAAUUGAUAGAGAACAUUCUGAUCAUAUCAAUCAAUUACUUAAUGAUCCAAGUGCUAAUGUGAAAAACGAACAUCAAUUGGGAGAGUUAAUUGGUUAAACAAAAGUAGUAACAACUUAAAAAAAUUAAGAAAUUUAUCAAACCUACCAAUAACCAAAUAACAUUGAAUUGAAAAAAGAGAAAAAAGUAAGGAUUUAUCUAACAAAAUCAUUAAUCAUACAUGUAUUUUGUACUCUAGGAAUUCUGAUAUUGAUAGUUAUAUUGGCAUAUGCAAAAACUAUAAAUGGAUUCCAAUUAUAGAAUGAAGAUUUAUGA